AUGAAAUAUUAUUCAAUCAUCGAAAAAGUUUUCUCACCAGAUCAUGAAGAUAUUAUUGACAGUUUAGCAAAUAUCGCUGAAUGUUAUGAAGAUCUUAACGAACGUCAAAUAGCUUUAAAAUAUUAUCAACAAAUAUUAACGAUCUAUAAACAAUCUGAAUCUGCUUCAGAUUUCGACAUGUUCACAGUUACGGAUAAGAUUGAUCAACUCUCGACACAAAUAAAUGAAGAGUCGGUUUAA